AUGGGGGUAGGAAUGGAAUGGUGAUUCCUACCUCCAUUCCAUUCCUUUGAUUGGUAUAACUUUCAUUUAGGAAUCACCAUUCUCAAGGGAAUCACCAUUCCCAUACACAUGGGAAUCACCAUUCUUCCCCUCCAACAUGGUAUUACCCAUUCCAUUCCAAUUUUAAUUCCCCUAAAUUUAGGUUUUGACAAAAUUACCCCUUCUCUCCCUAUCUCUUGCUAGCAAUUGUAAACGCAGACACUCUUCCCUUCUCUCACUAUCUCUUGCUAGGGAUUGUAAACUCAGACACUCUUCUCUCACUAUCGUCCAUUUCUCUCACUUCCGCCUCCAUCAUCGUCUUCUCUUUGGAUCCCCUUGUCGUUGCUGCAUAGCGUUCAGGGCAAGCUGUGGCGCUUUAGAGUGACGACCGAUCGUUGUGCAGUCUAUAAUUCCAGAUUUCUUAGUUGGCAGCGAUGGCAAGAUUAAAUGUAUCGCUGAGGAGAAAGAGAUAUAUUGCAAUGUGCUCAUUAUGGUUGAGCAUAAUGCAAUUGGUUAAUUGGUUUUGGAUUGUUUUCAAGCACCUAGAAAAUCAUGCCAGACGAAUUAGCUUAAGAGAUAGAUAUCAAUAUAAUUUUUUUGAGAGAAGAAAAUAUAUGAAUAAGAUUAUCUAUGUUAGUGAUAGUGUAUGCAAAAGUAUUACUAGGAUGAACAGGCGAACAUUUGUUCGUUUAUGCUCAAGACUUGAAGCCACUGGUAUAGUACGUCGUACCAAAAAUAUGUUGGUUGAUGAACAAGUUGCUAUAACUUUACAUAUUUUAGCUCAUCACCAAAAGCAAAGAACAAUAGGAGUUAAUUUUGAGCGUUCUGGGGAAACAAUUUCUAGAAAUUUUAGACAAGUGAUAAACUCUAUAAUUUCACUUCAAGGAGAGUUGCUUAAAAAACCCGAACCAAUACUUGAUGGUUGUACAGACGAGAGAUGGAAAUGGUUUAAGGUAUGCAUUUACUUUUAAUUUCUAAAUUAGCUUAUAUGUAAAAUCAAUAUACUUAUAUAAUGAAUUUUGGUAGGGGUGCUUAGGAGCACUAGAUGGUACCCAUAUCAAGGUUCGUGUCCCUAGAGAAGACAAGCCUAGAUAUCGAACACGAAAAAAUGAAAUUGCUACCAAUGUGUUAGGAGUAUGCUCCCCGGAUAUGCAGUUUAUCUAUGUUUUAUCUGGAUGGGAAGGAUCAGCGGCUGAUGGGAGAGUGUUAAGAGAUGCAAUCACUAGGAGAAAUGGUUUAGUCGUUCCUCGUGGUAAGAUUAUGAUUACACUUUAAAAAAUGUAAAAGCAUUCUGCAAAAAAUAAUCAAAACUAACACAUGACUAUGAUUGAUAAGGUUCAUAUUAUUUGGUGGAUGCUGGAUACACAAAUGGUGAAGGAUUUCUUGCACCAUUUCGAGGUCAAAGAUACCAUUUGAAUGAUUGGAGUGAUAGACACCAACCUACAACUGCUGAAGAAUUAUUUAAUAUGAAGCAUUCUUCAGCUAGAAAUGUGAUAGAAAGAGUGUUUGGCUUAUUAAAGAACCGUUGGGGUAUCCUUAGAAGUCCUUCAUUCUAUCCAAUAAAGUUUCACAAUCGGAUCAUCCUCACAUGUUGUGUACUUCAUAAUUUUAUAAAGAAUGAAAUGGGUGGCUAUCAAAUGGAUGAUGAGGAUGAGAUCCCACUUGAAGGAGAAGACCACAAUGAAGAUGAUGAUGGAGAAUCCAUUACUUCUGUUGAACCCUCUAAUGAAUGGAUGAAUUUUAGGAAAAAUCUUGCUGUUAACAUGUUCAAUACUUGGAGAUCACAAAGAAAUAGUAGAUAAAGUGUAGAGUUUUGAUUUAGAAUGUUCAACUUUUAAUAUAUUUAUUAGCUGUUGUUUCUUAAUUGUAAUGGUUAAGGUCUGUUAAUAUUUUGAAUCUUAAGUUGAGCACUCUAUGAAUAUGCUGAUUUUUGCACCUGACUAUAUAUAUUUUGUUUGUUAUAUGGUCGUCUUGAAAAGAAUGGAUUUUCAAAGUCAAGAUGCAAGAGGUCCGGGUAGAAAUAAACGAAAAUGGAAUCAUUUUGAAGAUUCUAAACUUGUUGAGGCACUUCUUGAUAUGGUGAACAUUGGAGCAUAUAAGGCUGACAAUGGAUUCAAACCCGGCUAUUUAUCUUUCAUUGAGGAAAAGUUGCAAGUUUCUUUACCUAACUCUGGUUUGAAGGCCAAGCCUCAUAUUGAAUCGAGAAUCAAGACAUUAAAGAAAGAUUUCCACAUUGUUUAUGACAUGGUGAAUGGCAACAAUACAAGUGGUUUUGGAUACGACGCUGAUAAGAAAUGUGUUACUGCUGAAAAGGAUGUGUGGGAUGCUUAUAUUCAGAGUCACCCUUCUCAUUCAGCUUGGAGAAACAAGAUGUUCCCUUUUUACGAUGAUUUGGUUAUUAUUUUUGGAAAAGAUCGUGCAACAGGGAGUAAUGCUGAAAAUCCAACUGAUAUAAUGGAAGAGAUACAAAGAGAGAAGUUCAACACUAAUGAAGAGGAUAGUAUUGAUAUAGGUGAAGAUUCAGAUACUUCCUUUUCGUUUUCUUCUAUGCACUCUACAAGAAGUGAAGGAACUAGCCAUCAAAAGAAGAAGAGAAAAGUUGGUGAGCCAAUGACAGCAGAUAUAAAAGAAGCGGCUUCAGUUAUUGCAAGUGAAAUUGCCAAAGCUAGUCAACUUUUUAGUAAAGCUAUUGGUGUUGAUGCUGAAAUUUCUGAAAAAAGAAAGAAGAUAAAUUCUGAGAUAAAAAAGAUCCCGAAUCUCACUGUUGGGGAAGCCAUCAAAGCAGUAUGUCAUAUUGCAAGUCAUCCCGAGUUGAUUGAUGUAUUUUUCAGCAUGGAAGAAGAAAAUAAAGAGCAGUUGGUUAGAGCUAUAUUAAAUGGUGAAGUUUGAGUAGUUUUUUAUAUGCAUUGUUAUCAUCUUUUAUACUUGGUAGUUUGGAGAUUAAUUUACUCGUAUGCUAGAUGGAUAUUAUGAUUGAGAAUGACUUACAUUGUCGUUAAUGUUAAACUAUUUUGAAGUGGUUAA